AUGCUACCUUCUGCACAGCUGGGUUUCCACCUGCAACCUCUUCUGGAGCAGCUCCACCAGGACGAGUUGAGCAAAUUCAAAGCUCUGCUGAGGACCCUUUCUCUGAAAGAUGAGUUCCAGCACAUCUCCCCGACGGAGGUAGAGGAGGCUGACGGGAAGCAACUGGCAGAGAUUCUCACCAACCGCUGUCCCAGCUGUUGGGUGGAGACGGUGACCAUCCAGGUCUUUGACAAGAUGAACCGAACAGAUCUGUCUGAGAGAGCAAAGGAUGAACUCAGGGGUAAGCAGAAACAAGUCCACACAGUCUCCUGGGAGAAAGGAGUAAUGGUCUCCAUGGUGUUAGAAUGUGUUUUCUUAAUGAAUCACCAGCUCUCUCCUGUCUGUCCCCUACCUCGUAUCCCUGAAGGUAAACAAGAUAAAUACAGAAAUACAUUGAAGAAGAAGUUCGGGCAAAUCGGGAAGAACUUACGGCCGGGACCCAGUGAAAAUGUCCACGUUGCCACGCAGAGAUGUGAGGCCCUGAUCCCAUUCUGGAAUCCUCAGAUGCUCGCAGGGCCGUUUCCACACACGGUGGUGCUGCACGGUCCCGCGGGCGCUGGCAGAACCACGCUGGCAGAGCGGCCGAUGCUGGACUGGCCGCGGGACAGCGCGGCGGAGACCUCGGGCCCCGCCUCCCGCCUGCGCUGCGGGGCGCUCGGCCGCGGGGGCCCGCUCCUCGCGGAGGUCGAGGGGCUCUCGGGGCCGGACAGGAAGGCGCGUUUCCCGCAGCGCGCGGCAGACGAGGCCCGCGCCGCGCGAGCUCCGGACCCGCUGGGGGGCGGCGCCGGCCUGCUCCGCGUGGGCGCGGCGCCCGCCGCGUGCGGGCCCGUCUGCGCGCGCCCGGCCGCCUCCCGCGCCUGCGGCUCCUCCGCCGCCGCCGCCGCCGCCGCCGCCGCCGCCGCCGCCGCCGCCGCCGCCGCCGCCCCGCGCCUGCCGCUCCUCCGCCGCCGCCCCGGGCGCGGCCUCCGGGCGGCGCUGCGGGCCGCGGGCCCCCUGGCUGCCCAGGGCGCCUGGGCGCAGACGUCUGUGUUUGGCGGGCAGGAGCUCCGGAGGCUUGGGGUGGGGGAGGCCGCCCUGCGGCCCCUCCUGGACAGGAAUGGUCUGCAGGAGAGCCAAGACCACGGGGGCUGCUGUUCCUUCGUCCGCCUCAGCGUCCAGCAGCUUCCUGCCGCCGCGUUCUGUGCUUUGGAGGCGGAGGACGAGGAGGAGGAGGAGGAGGAGGAGGACGAGAGCAGCCCCAGCUGGGACAUUGGGGAUGUUCAGCAGCUGCUGUCCGGGGAAGAAAGGCUGAAGAGCCCCGCCCUGACCCAGGUGGGGUGCUUCUUAUUUGGCCUCCCCGGGGAAAAGGGAGCCAAGGCGCUGGAGACGGUCUUUGGCUGCCAAGUGUCAACAGAGGUCAAGCGGGAGUUACUGAAAUGCAGAUCAGUGUCCGACGGGAAUAAAGCCUGCUCCUCAACGGCGGACACGAAGGAGGUUUUGUACUGUCUCUACGAGUCUCAGGACGAGCAGCUUGUGAAGGAGGCAGUGGCCCAGGUCAAGGAGAUUUCUAUUCACUUGACAAGUACAUCUGAAAUGAUGCAGUCUUCUUUCUGCCUUAAACGUUGUCAAAACUUGGAGAAAGUUUCACUGCAGGUGGACAAGGGGAUAUUCCUGGAGAACGAUACUGCGCUGAAGCCAGACACUCAGGUUGAGAGGUCCCUGAAUGAUCAACAUAUUCUUCCUUUCUGGGUGGACCUUUGUUCCGUGUUUGACUCAAACAGGAAUCUGACAUUUCUGGACAUCAGUCAGAGCUUCCUUAGUACCUCAUCAGUGAGGGUUCUUUGUGAAAAAAUAGCCUCUGCUGCCCCGAGUCUCCAGAAAGUGAUCCUCAAAAAUCUCUCCCCAGCUGACGCUUACCGGAACAUCUGCCUCGCUUUGGGAGGUCUUGAGACUCUAACACAUCUGACCCUUCAAGGAAAUGACCAGGACGAUCUGCUUCCCCCGUUGUGUGAGGUCUUGAGGCACCCAAAAUGCAAUCUGCAAUAUCUCAGGCUGGCAUCGUGUCCUGCCACCACUGAGCGAUGGGCCGAUCUCUCCUCCUGCCUCAGGAUCAGUCAGUCCCUCACGUGCUUGAACCUCACAGCAAACGAGCUCCCGGGUGAGGCUGCCAAGGGCCUGUGCAGGACGCUGAGCCACCCGAAGUGCUUCCUGCAGAGGCUGUCGUUGGAAAACUGUCACCUUACAGAAGCCAAUUGCAAGGAGCUGUCUUCUGCUCUGAUUGUCAGCCAGAGGCUGACCCACCUGUGCUUGGCAAAGAAUGCUCUUGGAGAUCGUGGGGUGAAACUCCUGUGUGAAGGCCUGAGUUACCCCGAAUGCCAACUGCAAACCCUGGUGCUGUGGUGCUGCAGCAUAACCUCUGGUGGCUGCUUUCAUCUCUCGAAGCUCCUCCAACAAAACUCACGACUUACACACUUGGAUCUGGGGCUGAAUCACAUAGGAAUUACUGGACUGAAGUUUCUGUGCGAGUCUUUGAAGAAGCCACUGUGCAACCUGAGAUGUCUGUGGUUGUGGGGAUGUGCCAUCUCCCCCUUCUGCUGUGCGGACCUCUCAUCUGCCCUUCAGUGCAAUCGGAACCUGAUCACUCUGGACCUGGGUCAGAAUUUCUUGGGCUACAGUGGGAUAAAGAUGCUGUGUGAUGCCCUGAAACUUCAGAGUUGCCCCCUCCGGACAGUCAGAUUGAAGAUAGAUGAGUCUGUCUUUCGAAUUCGGAAGCUGCUAGAAGAAAUAAAGGAAAGCAACCCACAGCUGACUAUUGAGAGUGAUCAUCAAGGUCCAAAACAUAGCAGACCUUCUUCUCGUGACUUCAUUUUCUGAAUCUCCCUGGAGUUACUGAUUCUCCAAUAAAGUCAUAGAUCGUCAAGGUGACGGUGAACUUCCCAGGAGCCCUCUCAGUGAUGUUAGUUGCGGGGCCAAAUAUUAUUUCAGCCAUGGUUGUGCCUCUGACUUGCAUAAAACGUACACACAUCACAACCCUGUUGUGGGUGAAAUGUCUAUAUCUCGGGUACAUCAAGAGAAAUAAAGGUGAACGCAUGCAUGAAGUCUUAGUUAUUGAUAGAUUCUGACCAAAUGUAAAGAAAAGAUAAUUUGGGUAGAACUUAGCCCAAGGGGGAAAAUGGGACAGGAAUGUUUGUGAGCACAUUGAUCUCUGUUUGCCUUGGCCGGUCAUUGCCCAGUGCCAGUAUUUCUUGAUCUGCAUUGAUAGCUGCCUGAGAAGCCGUCCUCAUCAGAGCAUUUCUCCUACCAAUCCCACAAUAUUUUGUAGCCCUCUUAGGUGCUUCAAGUAUGAUCAUGUCAUUGCCCUGAUUAACUUUUUCAUAAUUCUGCCUU